CACAGCGGCAUAUCACGCUGACAGCAGGAUAGGCUAUAGCAGGAGACGAGACAAGGAAACAGGGAGAGAAAAAACAUGGCGCUCAUCCCAUCUCAGGUGCUAAGGGUAGCAAUCCUGCUUUCCUAUUUCUCCAUCCUUUGCAACUAUAAAGCCAUUGACAUGCCCGCGCAUCAAACAUACGGCGGUAGUUGGAAGUUUUUAACAUUCAUAAACCUGGUGAUCCAGGCCGUGUUCUUUGGCGUGUGUGUGCUGACAGAUCUGUCCAGUCUGUUGACCAAAGGCACUGAGAGCCGGGAACAGGAGAAGCAGCUCAGGAAGCUCAUUGGCCUUCGGGACUGGAUGAUGGCCGUUCUGGCCUUCCCCGUCGGCGUGUUUGUGGUGACCAUGUUCUGGGCCCUGUACUUGUAUGACAGAGACCUGGUGUACCCCAGGCUGCUGGACAACUUUAUCCCCCAGUGGCUAAACCAUGGCAUGCACACCACUGUCCUACCGUUCAUCAUCAUUGAGAUGAGGACCACGCAGCACCAGUAUCCUAGCAGGCAGUGUGGACUGAUGGCGGUGUGCAGCUUUGCCGUCGGAUAUGUUCUAUGGAUGUGCUGGGUGCACCAUGUGACCGGCGUUUGGGUCUACCCCUUGUUGGAACAGAUCAGUCCCCUGGCAAAGGUGGCCUUCUUCUCCUGUCUCACCGUCCUGAUUAACGUCUACUACGUCCUGGGAGAGAUCCUCAACAGCUACAUCUGGGACGGCUCCAAAUGUGGUCUCUACUCAGACAAGACUAAAGCCGACUGAGGCCCAAUGCGAAGUGGGAAUCUUGCCAUCCAAUCAAGGUUUAGUCCCUCAUGGGCCUAAAGAGAAUAACAACCUUUGUGUAAAUAAAUUAUGUUUGGUUUUUUUGGGAAUGUGAUCAAAUUUUUGGGUGUUUUGAAAGGAACCUUUCUUAGCCAUUAAUACUGUACCAAGUCCUCAUGAAACUGUUGGACUGAAGUUGAGAACUGAGAGGCCAGUUUUCUGUAAUGAUGAAAAUGAUGCAAGUGGGAUAUUAAUUCACCGACUUGCUAUGGAACGGAGUUAUUACUAAGACCUUACAUUUACUCACGUAUUAGUAUUUAAGAAUCCUAUUAAUCCAUCUCAAAGAUUCAAGUAUUAUCUAAAACCGAGUACACUGUUUUAAUGGAAUGAACUUACUGCUGUAGGCAAAAAAAAUGUAUCUUAAGAUGCUUAAGCCUUCUGGCAGAGUUAGCGAAAGCCACGCGUCAGGAUUAGAAUUCUCCUCUGUUUUUUAUUUUCACUGGAGAGCUUUACAGCAAGGGUAUCUCCUGCAGCGGCAUGAAUGGCAGCCUUUUCCAGGUUGCGUAGUGUCUUUAACAGCUGCACCACAGAAGGUUAUUUUUUAGGACAGCUAGACUGUGAGCUCCGCUGCUGCGAAAGCUUCUUUGUUUUGUUUUUGUAAAAAAAGAAAGAAAAAAAAAAGGGACGAGAGUGUUUGACUCUAGAAGUCUGCGUGUAUGGUCUUUCAA